UUUCUACAGGCCUUUCAGGUUCAUUGCCGAAACAACUAUUUACCUCUACUUUUCUCUAUUUUUUGCCAUUUCUUCCCCAUUCCAUACUUCCAGCAUCUUCAAGUCUUUUUUUAUUUAUGAUACACCUUACUAUUUUUAAAUGGCAUUUUUAAAUGAAGUGUAUACAUUACAGAGAUCUUUCUACAAAAUUGCUCGAUUCCCAAAAGUUAUUGGUGCAAUAGAUUGCACACAUUUUCGAAUUCAAAGCCCAGGAGGUCAUAAUGCCGAAUAUUUUCGAAGCCGAAAAGGAUAUUUUUCAUUAAAUGUCCAAACAGUUGUUUCACCCAAUUUAAAAAUAAUGGACAUUUUAGCUCGUUGGCCAGGAUCUUGCCAUGAUCAAACUAUUUUCAGGAAUUCAAACAUUCACAAUCAAUUGGCUAAUGGUAAAUGGGGAAAAAGCUUAAUUGUUGCAGAUAGUGGAUAUAAAAAUACCAGUCAUAUUGUGACUCCUUUUAUAAAUCCAAGAGGAAACAUUGAAGAGCUAUACAAUGAAUCAAUAAUUAGAACCAGAAAUCCAGUAGAAAGAGCAUAUGGAGUUCUUAAACGUAGAUUCCCAAUUUUAUCUCUUGGUCUACGCUUGAAGCUAACUACAUCACAAGCUGUAAUUGUUGCUUGUUCAGUUUUACAUAACAUUGCAUGUGAUAACAAUGAUUUAGAAGCCCCCGAUCUCAUAGACAUAGUAUUACCACCAAAUGAAAUAAUCAAUAUUAAUCCCCAAGAAAUAUAUGAAGAGGGUUAUGCAAGACAACAAUUGAUUAACGAGUAA